UCGUGUGGAUAGUCACAGAUAAAUAAGGAAUUAGUUCGGACCUGGACCUGGUUUUAAAAAGUUGAGAGUUCCUGGUGUUCUGACAGUGCCAUUUACAAGCCAAACAGAAGAUAAACGUCGUUGCACUCAGAUUCUGAAUGACUAAACUACCAGGAAAUGCAGGUGUAUCGCUGCUCGGGGACAAGUCCCUGGAGUUCUACCGGGACCCGGUGAGCUUCUGCCAGCAGAGGAUCGAAAAACACCGGAGCAGAAUGUUUCUCUGCCGCCUAAUGAACAGACCGACAGCCUUUAUCUGCUCCGUGCAAGGGAUGAGAGAGCUGCUGUGUGAGAAGUCCAGUUUGUUUCUUAAGGAUCCAACUGACUUGAUGACAAACAUGUAUGGUGACACCAUUGUUACUACUAAUGGUGAGGAGGCAUGCCUUCUCCGCCUGUCACUUACCAGCCUCUUUACAGGAAGCUGUUUGGGAUCGUGGAGUGAUUAUAUCGCAAGUGUAUGUGAGCGCUGUCUGAAGGACCUCUCUGUCAGUGGUCAGCCAGAGAGUGUAUACACUGCUUUUAAGUCUCUGGGGACAGAGCUGGUGUUGGGCCUUUUUCUGAACGUACGAGCUGAGAAGCAACCUGAACUUUUCCAGGAAAUCAGUCAGCUGUGCACCCAGCACUGGCACGGCCUGAUCUCUGCUCCAGUAAAUGUGAAGGUUCCUAUGUGGUCGUCGGGUUUCUCCAUUGCCCUCGAUGCCAGGAACAAACUGAUGGACAUCAUCAAAGAUAAACUGGAGAAUGACAAAGAGGGUUUUGUUGGCUCUCUUGGUUCUUUGCCGCUGCCUGACUCAAGUUCUGCAGCCCAGCACCUCCUGUUGUUCAUUUCAGCGCUGAUCCCGAAAGCCCUGGCAUCACUGCUCACCUCCUUCACAUUGGCACUCGGUGGGAAUGGACAGGAGAAAGCCCGUCGUCAAGCAGCAGAAGACCCUGAUUACCUGUGCCGGGUGCUGCUGGAGGUGCAGAGGCUAUGGCCUCCUUUCAUUGGUGGACGCAGAAUAGCUGAUCAGGACUCCACGCUCAUGGGGUUUCAUGUUCCUAAAGAUUUUGGUGUGAUUUAUAUCAGCCAUGCCGUCCAUCGCGACCCAGAGGUGUUUCAGGAGCCUGAUGCCUUCCUGCCAGAGAGAUGGAGCGGAAGGAACGAAGGCCAUGAGCACUUCCUGUGUUCCUUUGGCAACGGGCCCAGGAGCUGCAUCGGAGCUAAACUUACCAACGUCUUUCUGAAGGAAGCGUGCGUGUACCUGUUAAACAACUUUGACUGGUGUUUGGACCCUCCAGUGCAGAACCUCGAGUACAAAUGGCUGCCCGUGUCUCGCCCUGCCAACCCCCCCACCGUCACCUUUACCCAGCGGGAUCACACCCUAUCUGGCAGAAGUGACACCAGCUAGGGAUGCACAGUAUGCUCCAUGAUGCACCUAAAAACUCUACUAAAAGUCACACAUGCCUGUGCAGAAAACGCUGGAGAAUAUCUUAAGACACGCCGAGGGAAGCCAGCAAACUGUGAGGCUUUCCCCCGCUGUAUAUAAUACAGUAAUCAUCCCGGGGAAAGCCGGAGAGAGUGCUGGUUUUCCCUCUGUCUGUUCCUCUGCCAGAUAUUCUGCAGCUUUCCUUGAUGACUGCAAUGGGAGACGAGAUAAAUGAGUCAUUCUUCAGUUGUUGACUCUGAAACUGCCAAACGGAUGUUUGUGUUCUGCCUUUUUUAAUGAGUAAUAUGCAACAUUUUAAAAACAUUGAUCAGAUUUUUGACGAGAAAAUCUUUAUAUGAACAUUGCCUCUUGCUUAAAAUUCCCUUGUGCUCAUUUAUGUGUUUGUAUAUAUGAGAGCAGAAUGUGAAAAAGCUCCAAAAAAUAAAAAUCCAUCCAGGGGGGACACGUGCACGGAUGAAAAUCGAGGUAAACCCUCAGAUUCCAUCACUGACUGCAAACCUGUCUCCCCCACCACCACCACCUAGCAACCAACAGUGCUUAGCAACAGUUCGUCAUACCGACUUGCCUCCUUUUAGUAUGCAAGUCUCACACGCGCACACAUACACACACUAACCUGGUUAUUUUUGAAAGCGUUCACUUGGCACGCCAUCUGAAUUCCAUGUAAAUGACGCCAGAAGGCAAUUCAGAGCACGCGUCUGAAUUUUAAGCACCAUGAAUGAUUUGAGUCAUAAAUGGAAACGAUUCUGUGCCUCCUACAUUUAUAAGAAUCAGUUUAAUGUCAUAUUUAUUAAUGUGCAGCUGAAGUAUACAUGCAUCAUC